GGGCGGGUCGCCCGUGGUGCUUCUCUACUCCCCGCUCUUUGCUAUGGCCUCCGAGCGGCCCCCGUCGGUGUUCGCUGGGGCCGGGCAGCAGAGCGGGCUGCAGGUGUGGAGGGUGGAGCGGCUGGAGCUGGUGCCGGUGCCCCCCAGCCGCCACGGCGACUUCUUCGUGGGGGACGCGUACCUGGUGCUGCACACCGUCCGCCGGGCCGCCGCCGCCGCCUACCGCCUCCACUACUGGCUCGGGAAAGAAUGUACCCAGGAUGAAAGCACAGCUGCAGCUAUCUUUGCUGUUCAAAUGGAUGACUAUUUAGGAGGCAAGCCUGUGCAGAGUAGAGAAAUUCAAGGAUAUGAGUCUACUGAGUUUGUGGGCUACUUCAAAGGAGGAAUUAAAUACAAGGCAGGUGGUGUCGCCUCUGGAUUUAAUCAUGUUGUUACUAAUGAUCUGAGUGCCCAAAGGCUUCUGCAUAUCAAGGGCCGGAGAGUUGUAAGAGCCACGGAAGUCCCCCUGGCUUGGACCAGCUUCAACAAAGGAGAUUGUUUCAUUAUUGACCUUGGAACGGAAAUCUAUCAGUGGUGUGGCUCAUCAUGCAAUAAAUACGAGCGGCUGAAGGCUACUCAAGUUGCUGUUGGCAUUCGGGACAAUGAACGAAACGGAAGGUCUAAAUUAGUUACUGUGGAAGAAGGGAGUGAACCAGACCAGCUCAUAGAGGUUUUAGGGAGCAAGCCAGAGCUUCCCGAGUGUGAUGAUAAUGAAGAUGAGCUAGCCGAUAUUACAAACAGGAGAAGUGCUAAACUAUAUAUGGUGUCAGAUGCAAGUGGAUCCAUGAAAGUGUCCCUGGUAGCAGAGGAAAACCCCUUCUCCAUGGCUAUGCUUUUGUCUGAGGAGUGUUUCAUUUUGGACAAUGGUGCUGCAAGGAAGAUCUUUGUGUGGAAAGGCAAAGAUGCUAACCCACAAGAGAGGAAAGCUGCCAUGAAGAAUGCUGAACAAUUCAUACAGCAGAUGAAUUAUCCUGCCAACACACAGAUUCAAGUCUUUCCAGAAGGAGGUGAAACGCCAAUUUUCAAACAAUUUUUUAAAGACUGGAAGGAUAAAGAUCAAAGUGAUGGCUUUGGCAAAGUGUAUGUCACAGAGAGAGUGGCUAAAAUUGAGCAGGUUGAAUUUGAUGCUACCAAGUUACAUGAGUCUCCACAAAUGGCUGCCCAGCACAACAUGGUAGAUGAUGGUUCAGGGAAAGUAGAGAUCUGGCGUGUCGAAAGCAGUGGCAGGGUUCCUGUGGGACCUGAGACUUAUGGACAGUUCUAUGGUGGCGACUGCUACAUUGUCCUCUACACUUACCCUAAAGGACAGAUCAUCUACACAUGGCAAGGAGCCCAUGCUACAAAAGAUGAACUGACUGCAUCUGCAUUUCUGACUGUUCAGCUGGAUCGGUUAUUGAAUGGUCAGGCUGUGCAGAUCCGAGUCAGCCAAGGCAAAGAGCCUGCACAUUUACUGAGCUUGUUCAAAAACAAACCACUUAUUGUCUACAAGGAUGGGACAUCCAGGAACGAAGGUCAGAAACCUGCUCCACUGACACGACUCUUCCAAAUCCGCAGGAACCUUGCAGCUAUUACUAGGAUUGCAGAGGUUGAUGUUGAUGCAAUGUCUCUAAACUCUAAUGAUGUCUUUGUUCUGAAACUGCCAAACAACUCUGGCUACACCUGGGUAGGAAAAGGCUCAAGCAAAGAAGAGGAACAUGGAGCUCAAUACAUUGCCAGCAUUCUUAAUUGCCAGACUGCUAAGAUUAAUGAAGGCCAGGAACCUGAGGAAUUCUGGAAAGCACUGGGAGGUAAAAAAAAGUACCAGACGUCAUCACAACUCUUGACAAAGGCUGGAGAUCACCCCCCUCGCCUGUAUGGUUGUUCUAACAAGACUGGUAGAUUUAUUAUUGAGGAGGUCCCAGGAGAAUUCACUCAGGACGAUUUGGCUGAAGAUGAUGUUAUGUUGCUGGAUGCUUGGGAGCAGGUUUUUGUCUGGAUUGGGAAGGAUGCUAAUGAAACUGAGCGACAGGAAUCCGUUAAAUCUGCCAAACGCUAUAUUGAAACAGAUCCUUCUGGCAGAGAUAAGAGGACCUCCAUUGUCAUUGUGAAGCAGGGGCAUGAACCCCCAACAUUCACAGGCUGGUUCCUGGCAUGGGACUCCAACAAGUGGAAGAACUGAUCUAUCCAAGGAGGCUCCAGCUUCAAGCCAAAGAAUGAUCAGAGCCCAGUUACUUUCUGGCAUCUUUAAGCAUAAGCUUAUGCAACAAUACGACACCCCUGUUGAUAUGCUUUCCUGAGCUUUGGUGUCUUUCUGUGGAUAAGGUAGAAAUUGUUAGCACUGGAAAGGAUAAAUAAUAAUUGAAAACUCGUCAAAUGGGGUGAGUGGAGGUUUUCUUGUAAAUGUGGAAAGUGCUGCCAAUGCUUUGUUUAAGCUAUUGAUUCUUCAAACAGAAACUGUGGGUUAGUUUAUUUUAAUGGGCUAAAAUGGGCUACAAUUUGCCUUCACUUGAAAAUCUAAACUAAUCUAAAUUAAUGUCACAGAAAUUCCUUUAGAAAGAGGUCAGCAUAACAGUGUGCAGAAUUUGGCCUGAUAAAGCAUUAAUUCUACAUCUUUUGCAAGGUUAGGACUAGACCUGGUUUACUUAUUAGGCCAAAGUAUUGCCACACUCAGGUAAAAUUUCAGAUGAUGCCUGAUCCAGAGGGGGAGAUGUGUCUUACAGGGGACAAAUAAGGGGUGGGUAUUUUGAGAAAGCUGUACUUGACAUGUUUGUCUUUUUAGUACAUAUAUAUAUAUUUGGAGCUUUGGACCUAAUGGCUGUAAGAAUAUGAAGUCAACGAAGGGGAUUUUUAGGGACUGUCUAGCUCAUUAUAGUGAAUUUCUUUAGAUUAUCUCUGGGAACCACCUCCAGCUCCAGCAGGUCUUUUUAACCAAAGCUCUUAAACACAUUCCUAGAGCACUAGUGCUUUUAUGUGGAAGCAGAAGAAGUGAGAGCUUCAAAACACGUACUCUGCCUUAACCACACUGAACUUAAGCCAUACUUUGUCUCAGUUGCUUUACUCAGCAGUACUCAGUACUUUUCCAGCAUGCAGACUGCUCACCUUGUCAGGUGCAGGAUGUGUUUCUAAGUACAUCAAGCAUGAGGAAAACCCUUGUUCCAAUAGCGUUCCACAUCCUGGGAAUUUGGAGUGUGAGUACACACCGUAGAAUAUAGACUUUUCUCUCAGAUAGUUUUUUGGGCUUUUUUUAUUCUGGUGAAUUUAAGAGUACAUUUUCAAAAUGGUUUUUAUUUGUAAUUUAGUCAAAAGAGUCUACAUAAGGACAAGUGGGAAAAAAAUUCUGCUUAAAAUCUUUAGCGCUGCCAUAACUUACCCUAUAAUGCUUGUUUUAAACAACAGUUUGUACAGUUUUAUAUCAUGUCAGUGUGGCUUAUUAGUGAAGGCAUUUCAGUGGUUUUAUUACUCUUGUAAGUUAGGGUGGAAAGUGAAAUUUAAGACAUUUUUGUAUUUUAACAUCAUUGAUUUUGAAUCUGGGUAAUGCAAAAGACUGAAUUUAGUCUGAGCUUAUAAUCAAUGACAAAAGAAUUGUGAAGCUAAGAGAUCAAUUACAGGAGUUUGUUAGCUUUAAACAUUUGUCUAAAUUUCUGCUUAUAUAACUGGGCUGUAUCUGAGCACAUUUUCAUUUAAAAUAAAAUUACAAAAAGCAGUA